CCACACAGGAAGGUCACACCAUCCCCCACCAUCAUCAGAGGGAAGAGCUGAAAUACAUCAAAGUUGAAAUUGAAGAGGAAGAAAAGAUGAUCAUUGGUGGAGAACAGCAUUCUAUGGAGAAUGUCUAUCCUCCGUAUUCCCAGGAUUUCACACAGGAAGAUCCCAGCAUCUCUCAGGAUGAAGAACUAAAAGACAUCAAAGUUGAGGUAAAAGAGGAAGAAGAAGAGAGGUUGGUGAGUGGAGAUCAGCAGUCUAUGGAGGAGCGGGAGAUGAUUAUGAAAAGUGAACAAGCGAAAUCUUCACUUUGUAUCGACACAAGUGGACACUACGUCUCGAAAAAUAUACCUUCAGAAUAUAAAACCACAUCACAAUGUUCUCCCGGAGUAAAACGCAUUACACAAAUAAUACAUCAUAAAACUUAUCAAAUGGAGAGAUCCUGGGAUUUCUCUGAUCCUGAGGAAUCUUCUGAUGAUCCACAUACUAUUAUUAUUGAAUCUCACAGUACAGAUCCAGCAACAGAUCUAUCUAAUCCUGAGGAAUCUUCUUUAAACCAUGAAGGUAAGCUCUCCUUGUCACGUACAAUGUCUGGGAAAUCUUCGAAAGAAACUGGAGAGCCUCCUACACAACAGAAACGUUAUAAGACUUACACAUGUCCGGAGUGUGGGAAAUGUUUCCAUCAGAAAAGCAACUUUAUUAUUCAUGAGAGAGUUCACACAGGAGAACGUCCUUUUCCUUGUUCUGACUGCGGUAAAUGUUUUAGUGACAAAGGAAACCUUCUUAAACACCAGAGAAUUCAUACCGGUGAGCGUCCUUUCUCGUGUUCAGAUUGUGGGAAAGGUUUCAUUCAGAAAGCAAGCCUUGUUAAUCACCAAAGAAUUCAUACGGGUGAGCGUCCCUACGCAUGUUCAGAGUGUGGGAAAUGUUUUAUGCAGAAGGAAAUACUUUCUCGACACCUGAGAAUUCACACCAGUGAGCAUCCCUAUUCAUGUCCAGAGUGCGGAAAGUGUUUCAAAGAAAAAGGAAGCCUUCUUAUACACCAGAGAAUACACACGGGUGAGCGUCCUUUUUCAUGCUCAGAGUGUGGGAAAGGUUUUAUUCAAAAAGAACACCUUCAUGUACACCAGAGAAGUCACACAUGUGAGCGUCCUUAUUCAUGUUCAGAGUGUGGGAAAGGUUUUAUUCAUAAAGAACACCUUCAUGUACACCAGAGAAGUCACACAGGUGAGCGUCCUUAUUCAUGUUCAGAGUGCGGGAAAAGUUUCACCCAGAAAAGUGGCCUUGACCGACAUCAGAAAAUUCACGUAGACCAAGAACCUUUUUUACAUUCAGAUGGAGAAUCGGGCAAGAGUGACCACCAAGAGAAUGUGUGUGUCCUACCUUGUCAGCUCAAUAGCAAGACACAGGAAGGUCACACCAUCCCCCACCAUCAUCAGGGCGAGAAGCUGAAUUACAUCAAAGUUGAGGUUAAAGAGGAAGAAGAAGAGAUGUUGGUGAGCGGAGAUCAGCAGUCUAUAGAAGAAGACGGCCCUCUCUAUUCUUGGGAUUCCACAAAGGGAGUUCACAACUUUACAAAUAAUGAGCAGGGUGAAGAAUUGAAAGACAUCAAAGUUGAGGAGGAAGAAGAGACAUUGGGUGAAGAACUGAACGACAUCAAAAUUGAGAUUAAGGAGGAAGAAGAAGAGACGUUGGUGACUGAAGAUCAGCAGUCUAUGGAGGAGGGGGAGAUGAUUAUGGAAAGUAAACAGGAAUCUUUUCCACAUAUGGACACAAGUGGACCCUAUAUCUUGAAUAUUUCGGAAAGACGCCUUAUUUUGAAUUCAGAUUAUAAAGCAGAAGAUAAUAACAUUGUACAAUAUUCUCCAGGAGGAAAUCCUGUUACUCCAAAUAUACAUCCCAGACCUUCCCAAUUGGGGGGAUCAAUGGAUCCCUCUAAUCCUGAGGAAUCUUCUGACGGAUCACACACCAAGACUAUAGGAUCUCACAGUACAGAUACUUCAAUAGAUCCGUCUAUUCCCGAGGAAUCUUCUUUAAGACAUGAAGGAGUUCCCACAGAAGAGAGCUCAUGGUCAGGUUCGGUGUGUGGGAAAUCAUUCACAGAAAACAGAGCACGUCUAAGACAUGAAAAACGUCACACGGAUGAUCAUACGUGUGCAGAGUGUGGCAAAAGCUUUUAUCAGAAAGGAAACCUUCUUAAACACCAGAGAAGUCACACGGGAGAGCGUCCUUAUUCAUGUUCAGAGUGCGGGAAAUGUUUCAUUCACAAAGUGAGCCUUCUUAAACACGAGCGCAGUCACACAGGGGAGCGACCCUAUUCGUGUUCAGAGUGCGGAAAAGGUUUCAAUGACAAAGGACACCUUCUUAAACACCAGAUGAUUCACACGGGUGAGCGUCCGUAUUUAUGUUCAGAGUGCGGAAAAUCUUUCAUUCAGAAAUGGAACCUUGUAAAACACCAGAGAAGUCACACUGGCGAGCGGCCCUAUUCAUGUUCAGAGUGCGGAAAAAGUUUCACUCAAAAAGGAAACCUCCUUAAACACCAGAGGAGUCACACAGGCGAGCGUCCUUAUCCGUGUGCAGCGUGCGAGAAAUGUUUCACUACCAAACAAAAACUUCUUAAACACCAGAGAUGUCACACGGGUGAGCGUCCUUUUUCCUGUUCAGAGUGCGGGAAAUGUUUCGUUCAGAAAGAAAAUCUCCGUAAACACCAGAGGAGUCACACGGGCGAGCGUCCUUAUUCGUGUUCAGAGUGUGGAAAAUGUUUCAAUCAGAAGGGACACUUUGUUAAACACCAAAGAACUCACACGGGCGAGCGUCCUUAUCCGUGCUCCGUGUGCGGGAAAUGCUUCAUCCAGAAAAGCGCACUCGUUACGCACCAGAUGAUUCACUCGGGCGAACGCCCUUAUUCGUGUUCAGAAUGCGGAAAAUGUUUCAUUUCGAAAGCAGAACUUGUCAACCAUCAGAGGAUUCACACGGGAGAGCGCCCUUUUUCGUGUUCGGAGUGCGGGAAAUGUUUCAUUCGGAAAUAUGCGCUUGUCACUCACCAGAGGAUACACACGGGGGAGCGUCCUUAUUUGUGUUCAGAGUGUGGGAAAUGUUUCAGUAACAGAACUACACUUACUGUACACCAGAAGAUUCACUUGGGCAAAGUUGAGUAUAAAGAGGAAGAAGAAGAGAGGUUGGUGAGUGGAGAUCAGCAGUCUAUGGAGGAGGGGGAGAUGAUUAUGGAAAUUAAACAGGAGGAAUCUUCUCUACAUAUGGACACAAGUCAUAGUGCAGAAGAUGAUGACAUCACAAAAUGUUCUCCAGGAGGAAAUUCUGUUACUCCAAAUAUACAUCCCAGACCUUCCCAAUUGGGGGGAUCAAUGGAUCCCUCUAAUCCUGAGGAAUCUUCUGAUAAAUCACAUACUAUUACCCCAGAUAUAAAUCUAAGAUCUCAGAGCAUGGAGAGAUCAACAGAUCCAUCCAUUUCCAUGGAAUCUUUGCUUAGCAAUGAAGGAGAGCAAUCGUUCAAUGAAAACAGAGAAGAUCGACAUGAGAAACGUCUUACGGGUGAGCGUCCCUAUACAUGUUCAGAGUGCGGGAAAUGUUUCCCUCAGAAAAAAGUACUUCUUAUACACCAGAGAAGUCACACAGCAAAACGUGCUUAUUCAUGUUCAGAGUGCGGGAAAUGUUUCAGCCAGAAAGCAAACCUUCGUAAGCACCAGAGAAUUCACACGGGUGAGCGUCCCUUUUCGUGUUCAGAGUGUGGGAAAUCUUUCACUGAGAAAAACGUUCUUCUUGUACACCAGAGACGUCACACAGGAGAACAACCUUAUUCCUGUUCAGAGUGCGGGAAAUGUUUCAAUCAGAAAGCAAACCUUUGUAAGCACCUGAGAAUUCACACGGGUGAACGUCCCUAUGCGUGUUCCGAGUGCGGGAAAUCUUUCUCUGUCAAAUCGGUACUUCUUUUACAUCAGAAAAUUCACACAGGCGAGCGUCCUUAUUCGUGUUCGAAGUGCGGGAAAUUCUUUGUUCUCCAAAAUUUACUAGUCAGACACCAAAAGGUUCACACAGGUGAACGUCCGUAUUCAUGUUCAGAGUGCGGGAAAGGUUUUAUUCUAAGAAGUAGUCUUGUUAGACACCAGAAAACGCACACAGUUGAGCGUCCGUAUUCAUGUUCAGAGUGCGGGAAAUGUUUCAUUGAGAAAGAAUGCCUUCUGAAACACCAGAGAAUUCACACCGGUGAACGUCCCUUUUCCUGUUCAGAGUGCGGGAAGUGUUUUACUCAGAAAAAAGUGCUUCUUGCACAUCAGAAAUAUCACACAGGCGAUCGUCUUUAUUCGUGUUCAGAGUGCGGGAAAAGCUUUACUGAGAAAACAGCCUUUCUUAUACAUCAGAGGAUUCACACGAGUGAGCGUCCCUAUUCAUGUGCAGAGUGCGGGAAAUCUUUCAUUCAGAAAGGAAACCUUGUUAAACACCAGAGAAUACACACGGGUGAGCGUCCCUAUCCAUGUUCAGAGUGCGGGAAAUGCUUCCUUCAGAAAAGUUCACUUGAUACCCACCAAAGGAUUCACACGGGCGAACGGCCCUUUUCUUGUUCAGAGUGCGGCAAAUGUUUCCUUCAGAAAGGAGACCUUGUUAGCCACCAAAGAAGUCACACUGGCGAGCGUCCUUAUUCGUGUUCGGAGUGCGGGAAAAGUUUUGGUUACAGGAAAUCGCUUGUUACUCAUCAGAAAAUUCACAUGGGCUCAUAACUUUUUUUUCAUGUUCAGACUGAUGUGUUUGGGGCGGGGCAAAAAUAUAUUGAAGUUUUUUUAGGUACACUGCCAUUAAAUUCUAGUAAUACAACCCUCUAAACAUUCCUGUGCCAAGUUCAUGGGUCUGUAACCUGCUGUAUCCAUUAUGGGGGUUCCCAUUAUCCCUGUGCCGAGUUCCCGGGUCUGUACACCUGAUGUGCCCAUUAUGAGGGGUUCCCACCAUCCCUGUGCUGAGUUCCCAGGUCUAUACACCUGCUGUGCUCAUUAUGAGGAGUUCCCACCAACCCUGUGCUGAGUUAAUGGGUCUGUAGACCUGCUGUGCCCAUUAUGAGGGGUUCCCACCAUCCCUGUGCUGAGUUCCCGGGUCUGUACAUCUGCUGUGCCCA